AUGGAAAAGAGAAGAUUACAAGUGGAAAAGUUGGAAGAAAAGAAUGCUGCAAAUAAUGCCAAAAGAGCUGAGGAAACUGAAACUACUCAAAUGGAAACAUCAAGCGCAGCCAUUACAGAAAGCACAUUUUCUUACAAGAUUGAGAAAAUUUCAGACGGAAAGAGAAUACACCCAAUCGAAACAAAAUCUCACAGUACAAACACACUUCACAACGAUCAUCAUGCCGAGUUUAAGCGAGCUUCCUCAAUAAUACAUGGAAGCCACACAAUGGGUUCACAACAAUCACCAAGAACUGUUGGAUCCGAAAUUUAUGAAGGGGAUGUUAAUUCAGAGAUUGUUAUUAACUGUGCUGGCUCCCAUCCAAGCAAGACACCAAGAGGAGACAGCUUUCAUUCUCCUAGAAAGCAAGCAGUUUCAGCUAAUGUGAAAAGUGCCAAACCUUUAUCUCCUGUUAAACCACAAAAUACCAACGAUGAGGAUAAAGAAGAGAAGGAACUUGAAAGGGAGUACUCUUUUGGUUGUAACGAGUUCGCAGGUGUGGAUGUAAUAGACAAAGACCACGUAGCUCAUGAUAUUGAAACUCCACAUUCCAAAGAUCCUCACGAUUAG